AUGAAUAACAUCAAACAAUUUCUCUUCGCCAUUUAUAUUGAUCUAGCCCUAUCACGUCAAGAACAUGUCUUAGCUGGCGACACUACCACGAAAGACGUCAUAGUUCCGAAGAUCUCCGAUUGGCAAGUCACGGUGGCCAACGGUUUGAUCACCACAGAAAAUCUUUUCGUCCAUUGUAAAUCUAAAGAAGACGACUUAGGCGAACAAAAUCUGCGUUACGGAGAUAGAUUUUCUUGGAAUUUUGGAGAAAAUAUGCUUCAUUCAACUUUGUUUUGGUGCUAUAUGAGCAAAGAUGAUGUUCAUAUGAAUGUAAAAGUGUUUUGGGAUGAUGUAAUAUUGUUCCAUAGAUGCGGUUGGAAAAAUUGCGUUUGGACAGCUAAAAAUGAUGGUAUUUAUCUGUGGAAUUCGGCGACUGGUGAAGAUAUGUUGAUGGAGAAAUGGGAAGUUGGAUGGUGA